AUGCACCCUGGAGAGCCCCCCCACUUCCCAUCAUUCGGAGAUGGCCAAGCAGCCCCACACCAUGUGGGGGAUGGGGAGGGGGCCCAGCCGACCCUCAGCAGCUGGUCCCAGACCGUGGGCUCCACAGCAGCAGCUGGAGGCAUAGAGGGGGUGCAUGGCGGGCUCUGGCCUCCUCUCCCCGCAGCCGAGAAAGUGAGCUCGCUGGGCAAGGACUGGCACAAGUUCUGCCUGAAGUGUGAGCGCUGCAGCAAGACGCUGACGCCCGGGGGCCACGCGGAGCAUGACGGGAAGCCGUUCUGCCACAAGCCCUGCUACGCCACGCUGUUCGGACCCAAAGGUGUGAACAUCGGCGGUGCCGGCUCCUACAUCUACGAGAAGCCCGCUGUAGAGGGCCCGCAGGUCACUGGCCCCAUCGAGGUGCCCGUGGCCCGAGCUGAGGAGCGGAAGGCGAGUGGCCCCCCAAAGGGGCCCAGCAAAGCCUCCAGCGUCACCACCUUCACUGGGGAGCCCAACAUGUGUCCUCGCUGCAACAAGAGGGUCUACUUCGCGGAGCGGGUGACGUCCCUGGGGAAGGACUGGCACCGGCCCUGCCUCAAGUGUGAGAAGUGCGGGAAGACUCUGACCUCGGGGGGCCAUGCCGAGCAUGAAGGCAAGCCCUACUGCAACCACCCCUGCUACGCCGCCAUGUUCGGACCCAAAGGCUUUGGUCGAGGUGGCGCUGAGAGUCACACCUUCAAGUAGACCCAGGUACGCCCCACCCUGAUCCCCAGACCAGCUAGC